AUUACAUGUUAUGUGUUUAUGGGAAAUUCACAUUUAACUGGGCAUGCCGUGUUUCACCUGGGAACUUUUAAAGGGUAGCACACGUAAGAUACGAGACGCGGCGAACUGACCCUCGAUGGGGCACUCGAGGAAGAAGCCUCUGGGGUUUUCCGGCCGGGGAACGAAGCGCCAAGGCCCCCACUGCCGUGUGAAGAAAGAAGGUAAUGGGCUUUCGUGGAAGCUCGCCCAGGACUUGGGGGUCCGGAAACCGACAAGAUCCGAGACGGCUGGCGAUUGGCUCCUAAACAGCCCGGGGCCCCACGGCGCAGGCCAGAGGCCAGAGGCGGCCGCCCGACUCCAAGAUGGCGCCCGCGGAGGAGGCUGCCAGCGGCCAGGAUGGCGGCGCGGGGCCCGCGCCCGCGCUCCCGGGCUCUCCUCCCCCUGCCUUCCUGCGGCGGAGAGCGCGCCUCGCGCGGCCGUGCGCCGUUUGCCCUUCGGCCUGGGUGGUGCGGGCCGCCGCCCGCCCCGCACCAUGCGACUCCUUGGCUGGUGGCAGGUACUCCUGUGGGUGCUGGGGCCUCCGGCCCGCGGCCAGGAAGUUGCAGAGAGCAGAUGGUCAGAGGAGCAGCCCGCGUACCCUUUCCAGGUCGGGGCUGUGUACGUGGGUGAGGAGGAGCCGGCAGGGGGCCCGGCGGGCCCGGACGCGGCCGCAGAAGAGGCCGCCGUGCUGGGGCUGGAAGCCGAUGGCGACCGCGUGGUGAUGUUGUCGGUGAUUCCCGGGGAAGCCGAGGACAACCUGAGCCCGGAGCCCGGCGGCGGCGACGGCACCUGCGGGGCCGGAGGGCAGGAGGACUCGAGGUGCCAUCUCCGGGAGAGCCUCUUCUCUCUGGACAGCUCUGGAAGCUUCCCCGAGAGGGAGGAGGAGUACUACACGGAGCCCGAAGUGGCGGACUCCGACCCCGCCCCCGCGGAGGACGCCAACGCCACCGAGAGCCUGAAACCGCCCAAGGUCACCUGCGAGGAGCGGAAUGUGUCAGGCUUGGAAAACUUCACUCUGAAAAUUUUGAAUGUGUCACAGGACCUUAUGGAUUUUCUCAACCCCAACGGUAGUGACUGCACGCUAGUCCUGUUUUACACCCCUUGGUGCCGAUUUUCCGCCAGUUUGGCCCCUCAUUUUAAUUCUCUACCCCGGGCCUUUCCAGCUCUUCAUUUUUUGGCACUGGAUGCAUCUCAGCACAGCAGCCUCUCUACGCGGUUUGGCACCGUAGCCGUUCCUAACAUCUUGUUAUUUCAAGGUGCUAAACCAAUGGCUAGAUUUAACCACACAGACCGAACACUGGAAACGCUGAAGAUCUUCAUUUUUAACCAGACGGGCAUAGAAGCCAAGAAAAAUGUGGUGGUAACUCAAGCUGACCACAUAGGCCCUCUUCCCAGCACUUUGAUAAAAAGUGUGGACUGGCUGCUUGUAUUUUCCUUAUUCUUUUUAAUUAGUUUUAUUAUGUAUGCUACCAUUCGAACGGAGAGUAUUCGGUGGCUAAUUCCGGGACAAGAGCAGGACCAUGCGGAAUAGCGACAGACUGAGGGGAGAGUUGGAAAGAAGAAUUUCCAGCCUUCGUUUCAGAAAUUAAUGCUGCAAUCGCAUACAUUUUUCUCCAGUGAAGUGUUGACUUACCACGUCCGUCGGAGGACAGGAAUCAUGCAUUUGUUGAACUCUGGAACGUGUCAAGAACUUAUCCACUGGUGUUUUAGCUGGUACUGCAAUAAGCAGAUGCAAAAAUGGUCAGUAGAAAUCACCGUUCAUGUUUCUGCUGCUUGAACAUAACGCCGUGUUUUAAGGGAGUGAUCCAGUUGGACACGGGAAGAUGUGUUCUCGUGGAAGAGUGAGUAGAAUGACAGGAUGCUCACUAGAGAGGGGCAGGAAUGAGACUUUCAGGUACAGUUUUAGAAACUCUAUGUAUGUCUGAGAGGGUUGGUUUUUCUGUUCAUCCACCAAAUCUUUCUCAGAGUCGGUAAGCAGGAAAGUGUUCUGUCAUGGGAAGAAUAACUCGAAUUGGUAAGUGUGACCUUAGAAGUAGCACCGGAUGGGAAAAUAAAAAGAUACCUUGGCAUUCAUGA